GACUGCAGCAGCUGCUGACGCCGUCGCCUCACCUGAGGGGGAAAGGGAGGGGCUCUGCACCUAUGCCACCCCCCCGGCCGCCCGUGUUCCUGGCUGAGCGGCUCUUGGUGGCUGCAAGGUACGGCAACAGCGGCAACAGCAUGUACGACAUGUCGGGCGAAUACAGGAACACUUCUGGCAUUGCUGGGGAGCACGGCAUGCCGGGCAGCAGCCAGCCCGCGUCGUCCAUCUCCGUUAUGGGGAGGGGGCAGGAACAAUCGACGACGGAGGCAGCAGCCACACCAGCGGAGACGACGGAGGCAGCGACGCCACCGCUUCCUGGUUCUUCUCCUGUUGCUGCCACUGCCGAGCAGCGAUCAAAAUUCCCACAAUCAGCAACGCCCGCAGCAACACCCUCGGCGCAUGACGCACCCUCGGCGCAUGACGCUACACCUUCCACGCAGCUACAAUGUACGGAAGGUGCGUCCAAGCCUUCGGUCUCUGAGGACAUCAACAACAGCAGCACCGGCAGCAGCAACACCGCUGCUGCUGCGCCUGCUGCUGCUUCCAGCUCUCCUGCCCCCGCUCAUCCGCAGCUCCACCUCAGGGAGCAGCUCAGGCCGGUGCAGGCGGCGUUUAAACUCGCCGCAACCGCCGCCGCGCUGCCGCCGCAGCACCACCCAGCGCUGCUCAGCCUAGGGGUGCUAACGGAGGCGGAGGAGGCGCUGGCGGCGGUGCUGCGGGGGCUGCCCGGGGCCCCGG